ACACACACACACACACACACACACACACACACACACACACACACACACACACACAACACAGAUGCUAUGAAGUUCGUACCAAAAUACAGACCGAGGGAGAGGGCUAAAAAGGACUGGUUUAAUACAAGAUGUACAGAGGCAAAAGAAAAGAUACAAAGCUUGGUCAAGAUUGAAAAGAAACAGAAAUCAAUGAAACAAAGAAGAGGAGAAACGAUACGAAAAGGAUAUCGUGGAAAAGUAUAAAGAACAACCUAAAUUAUUUCAUAGAUUUAUAAGUGGAAGAAUUAAACCAAGAGAAACAAUUGAAAGACUGACUGAAGAGAAUGAAGAGAUUGACGCUCCCAAAGGCAGGGCGGAAGUACUUAACAAAAAACUCCAGGAAGUGUUUACCAAAGAAUCAAUAUUUAAUGAACCACAAGAAAACAACUUAGAUGUAUAUAUGGAAGAGCUCAAAAUAGAUAGAGAGGAGAUAAUAAAACUAUUUGGGGAAUUGGGAGAAGGGAAGGCCAUGGGACCAAAUGGAGUUUCAGGUUUUAUGCUUAAAGAAUGCAGAAAUGAGCUAGUUAGCCUGAUAUAUGACAUAAUUACGUGCCCAAUUAAAAGAAAUGAGCUAGUUAGCCUGAUAUAUGACAUAAUUAGGUGCCCAAUUAAAAGAAAUGAGCUAGUUAGCCUGAUAUAUGACAUAAUUACGUGCCCAAUUAAAAGAAAUGAGCUAGUUAGCCUGAUAUAUGACAUCAUUAGGUGCCCAAUUAAAAGAAAUGAGCUAGUUAGCCUGAUAUAUGACAUCAUUAGGUGCCCAAUUAAAAGAAAUGAGCUAGUUAGCCUGAUAUAUGACAUAAUUAGGUGCCCAAUUAAAAGAAAUGAGCUAGUUAGCCUGAUAUAUGACAUCAUUACGUGCCCAAUUAAAAGAAAUGAGCUAGUUAGCCUGAUAUAUGACAUAAUUAGGUGCCCAAUUAAAAGAAAUGAGCUAGUUAGCCUGAUAUAUGACAUCAUUACGUGCCCAAUUAAAAGAAAUGAGCUAGUUAGCCUGAUAUAUGACAUAAUUAGGUGCCCAAUUAAAAGAAAUGAGCUAGUUAGCCUGAUAUAUGACAUAAUUACGUGCCCAAUUAAAAGAAAUGAGCUAGUUAGCCUGAUAUAUGACAUCAUUACGUGCCCAAUUAAAAGAAAUGAGCUAGUUAGCCUGAUAUAUGACAUAAUUACGUGCCCAAUUAAAAGAAAUGAGCUAGUUAGCCUGAUAUAUGACAUAAUUACGUGCUCAAUUAAAAGAAAUGAGCUAGUUAGCCUGAUAUAUGACAUAAUUACGUGCCCAAUUAAAAGAAAUGAGCUAGUUAGCCUGAUAUAUGACAUCAUUACGUGCCCAAUUAAAACGGGCACAGUGCCUAGGGAGUGGAAGAGGCCAGGAGUGGAACUUAUAUACAAAAGUGGAAGAGAGGAUGAACCCCUUAAUUUACAGACCAGUGUCUCUGACCAGUGCGCAAAAUAUGUGAGAAAUUAAUAAAAGAACAAUGUGUGAGAUUUCUAGAAGAACAUAAUCUAAUCACAAACAAUCACUAUGGGCUUAGGAGAGGCCGCUCAUGUGUGACAAACUUGCCGAGCCUUUACUCAAGAGUGACGGACAAAUUACAGGAAAGAGACGGAUGGGUGGAUUGCAUUUACCUAGACUUAAUGAAGGCAUUUGACGAAGUUCUGUGGAAACUAGAAAAUAGAGGAGGAUUGAGAGGGAAGAUGACGUGCUGGAUGGAAAGCUACUUAAGAGGAUGAGAGAUGAGACCCGUGGUUAAGGGCGCUAGAUCGGAAUGGAGGGCUGUGGACAGUGGAGUGCCCCAGGGGUCGGUUUUGGCCUAGUCCUAGUCUAUAUUACUGACAUGCCGGAGGGAAUAAACAGCUACAUGAGCCUGUUUGCAGAUGAAGCCAAACUGCAAAGACAGACAAGAAACAGUGAAGCCUGCAAGAAGACCUAGACAAGAUUUGGAAAUGCAGUCAGAAAUGGGAGAUGAAAUUCAACGUGAGGAAAUGUCAUGUUAUGGAAAUGGACAUGGACUUAUAAAAUGGGAGAUGGGGAGAUAUUAAAGAAAGUAUAUGAAGAGAGAGAGAGACCUGGGGGUAACAGUGAAAGAUUAUAUGCAACCAGAAAGUCAUAUAAAUCAGAUCUUUGGUGAUACGUUUAACAUGGUGAGGAAUAUAGGCAUAGCAUUCCACUACAUGGACAAAGAACACGGGAGCUUAGGGUCAAAGGAGCUGCCUCGUAUAGGCCUACCGACCUCUUGCAGACUCCUGCGUUCGUAUGUUCUUAAGAAAUGAUGGAAAACUUAAUAACUACUAUGAUCAGACCUAAGCUAGAAUGCGCGGAAACAGUGUUGUCUCCACAUACGAAGAAACACAAAUAUAUAUGCUAUUGAGUAGAAUGGAAGUAGAUAACGAGAAAUUCCCACUAAGAGACGAACCUUCCAGCAGGAAUAGUAGAGGACACAGUAAAAGGUUGAGGAAGGGAAGAUGCUUGAGAGACAUAAAGAAAUAUAGCUUCCCACAAAGAAAUAUAGAGGCUUGGAACAGACUAAGUGAGGAUGUAGUAUCAGCGAACUACUACUACUACUACUACUACUACUACUA